CUGACGCUGUCUGUCAUGUCAACGAACUGAUGAACUUGGCGGUUUCAUUUCACUAAUAAUUUAGCAUUAAAACUCUUGAAAUGCCUCCUAAGAAGCGUGAUAAGGAUAACGACACAAACAAAAACUCCAAAAUCGACCACCUACAAGCUGACCAUGAGUUAUUUUUACAGGCAUUUGAAAAGCCAACUCAAAUAUAUAGAUUCUUACGGACACGCAAUAUGCUUUCGCCUAUAUUUCUCAAUCGGACACUUUCGUACAUGAAGCGGCGAAUGUCUAGAAGUAAUAAAAGCCGCUGUGGAUUCAAAAUUGACUCACUAUUAGAGAAAAUCACUCUGAAAAAGAGCACAGAGCUUCAGCCUAACAGUUUGGGAGGUUACAUGACUCUGACAUUCCUAGGAUUCUAUGAUAAAAGCCUCGAUGAACCCAGAGACUAUCAAGUAAAGGUAGAAACAUUACUUUUAAAGAUAUGCCACAAAAAAAGGAAAGAAAGUUCUUCUGCUAUAGUAGAAGUUUCGGUCGGCAGCUGUUCCGUGCCACUCAACCCAUCUACAUCGGAGCCUCCUGCAAUGGCGUCGGCUGUGAGUAUCUCCAGUGAGACCUUCAGUCCCUCACAGGGGCCCAAUGUGAAGUCCUACAUGCUCAUGUUGAGAGUGACAGUCACCAGGGCAUCUCCAAAUACAAAUGGAGCAGCCAGCACCAGUGAAAUUACUAAUGGUGAUUGUGAUGAACCUGUGACCAAAAGAUUAAAAUCAAACUCAACGGACCACUUAAACUCGACUCCUGAGAACAAAUGGACGAAGCUCUAUGGUAGUGAGCUGAUAGUCUAUGAUAAGCACAACCGCUGUCUGCUCACUAAUGGGGAGUAUGACCUGGUGCUGCAUGAUGCGACGCCCGGCGGCCGCAGCGCCACUAUAGCUAGGUCUCCUCAUAAAGCUCUCAUGGCUCAAUGGGAAACCAUACCUAAUGAAAGUGAUCUCCAGACGGACACGAAUCCGUUCGACAUAUUCAAAGUGCGCCCGCUGCUAAAACUCAAGUUGAGUUGGAGUCAGGAGCCCACAAACGGUCUCGUAAACCGGCCCAAGCUGUACCAGCAGACUGAAACUAACGGGGUCAGGAAGGAGGCCGGCUCCAGCAAAGACAGGCUCUCUAUGAAGGGCAAUGCUAGUGACAGUAAAAAUGGGGAAAAAGUAAAAAGCGAGGCCAACGAAGGAGACUCGAAGCGCCAGCAGAUAAUAUACCAGUUCCUGUACAACAACAACUCGAGGCAGCAGACGGAGGCCUGCGACGACCUCCACUGUCCGUGGUGCUCCCUCGACUGCGGCACUCUCUACUCGCUGCUCAAACAUCUCAAGCUGUGCCAUUCGAGGUUCAACUUCACAUAUUUUCCAAUCCCCGGCGGUGCUCGUAUCGACGUAUCAAUAAACGAGUUGUACGACGGAUCCUACACGGGGUCUCCGCACGACCUGAUCGCAGCACAGGGCCGAGGCGGGCCCGCGGGCGCCGCAGGGCCCCGCGGCGGGCCCGCGGGCGCCGCAGGGCCCCGCGCCGGGCCCACGCGGCGCACGUCGCUGACGCACGUGCUGGUGUGGAGGCCGCGCCGCGUGCGUCGCGCGCACCGCCACAGCCUGGCGGAGUUCCUGGAGCUGGACGACGCGGAGGUCGUGGAAGCACAGAGGCCUUACCUUACAGGACACAAUAGACUUUACCACCACACAAUAACCUGCCUGCCAGUGUACCCCAAUGAACUGGACAUUGACUCUGAAAGCGAGACGGACCCGCUGUGGCUGCAACAGAAGACCAUGAUGAUGAUAGACGAGUUCACAGACGUCAACGAAGGGGAGAAAGAACUCAUGAAAAUGUGGAACCUCCACGUCAUGAAGUACAACUACGUGGGUGACUGCCAGAUACCUAUCGCUUGCCAGAUGUUCCUGCAGAUGAAAGGUAAAGAGCUCUUAGAGAAAAACCUUUAUAGGAACUUCAUCCUCCACAUGUGUUCGCUUCACGACUUCGGACUACUGAGCCCUGUCGCGUUAUACCAAACCAUACAAAUGCUCAACCAAAUGCUGGCAGACAAUGCCGAAGCCAAAGAAAAAAUGCGAGAGUCUCUGAAAGCACAACGGGAACAUUGGCAUGCUGUAGGGAAGUACCAACAACCCGCUAUUAUAGAGCAAAAACCUCAAACGACUACUGCUAAACUCAACAAUAUUGAGGCCUCACCUUCAGUUAGAAGGAAAACCUCUAAUCUACAAAAUGCUAAUCGAAUGGCAAGCAAUGCUAACUUUAAUAAGUCUGCGAGCCCGGGACCAAGCCACACGGAAAGUAAGCGGAAAAUGUCUUCGGGCAGUAUACAAAGUCGCAAACGGUCAUCAAUAUCGGAAAGAAAAAGUUCCGUAUAGCGAAUGUUCUGUGUUUAAUCAGAAAGCCUCUGGCUAUGAAGUACAACAUAAUAUUGAUUUGGUGUCUAUAUGACUGAACUGAACAGAAAGAACGCCUGGAGCUGUUAUUGGAAAAUUUAAUGUUGUUGUUGAUAUAGAAAUUUCACAUGUGACGUGAUAACGGCAAAAGCGUACAACUGUUUUCAUAUCUGUUAAAAAUUAUUAUUUUUAUUACUCACGGCCUUGUCAUAUUGCAAGGAUUAUUGUUCAGAAAUUCCUACAAAAUGUUAUAAAAUAUUCCAUUGGGUUAAGAUUACUUAGGAACUAAAUUUGGCUUUGCUAGACUAGUCCAAUUGGCGGACAGUUUAAAUUACACGUUCUUAGGAUAUAACUGGGAACGAUAGUGGCUGUUGAAACGAAUUACAUCACUACAUAUUAAAUAAUUUAGGUAGUUUUGAAAAUUAGAAAUAAAUUAAAUCACUGCCCUUAAAAAGUAUGUUUGCAUAGAUUACUUAUUAUCUACGUGUUGUACUGUCAUUUUGCAUAAUAAAUUUGGGGAAUUGGCGCCAUAUCAAUUGAAUUAUUAUGACAUGAAUGAUUUUCUCUUUAGUUAAUUUAAUUUCGCUACUGCCCAAUACGAUAAUUUUAGGAUUAAGUGUAUGGAAUUCCAUUAAAUGGAUGACAAUAGAUUUAGUUGGUAAAUUAUGUCUAUCGAUCCUAGAUCUCUGCGAUAUGGGCGAGCGAGCGAGCGUUAAUAUGACCUGUCUAUCAAAACUAUGUAUGUACUUACGCAUGUAGUCGUUAAAAUGAAAAGGGACCUUAUGACGGUUAACACUUGUCAGUAUUGGAAUAACGGCAAUAAGGACCUAAGUGCCAGCCUCCAUAAGGUCCCUUUUGAUUUGGACGACCACAUAUACUAAUAUUAACACAUUUUUCCUACGGACAAAGACUAAAGAUCUUUAGAGGUGUAAUAGAGCUUAGUUUCCGAAAUUUAACGGCUGAGGAAGUAACCGGUAAAACAUUGGGAUAAGAGAAUACACGUGCAUACGUUUACGUAUUGACAUCCUUAAAUAUCUCGCUUCUUUAUGCCUGCGAUACACUAUCGGCGAAGUCGGACACAUGCCGAUGCGAAUGAGAGUUGAUUGCGUACUUUGUAUGUGCGAUUAUUUGAUUGCGUAGUUUUUUACCCCAUGGAUACGUAAUGUAUGUCAGAACCGCCAAGUUUAGCGAACCAUUUGCCGAUAGUGUGGAAACGGCGGCAUUGCAUUUGUAAUCGAAUCUUACCAACUGCUUCAGCACCUUGAGGUUAAUAUAUGAGUCUGUGUUCACCACAAUAGUUAAGUUUUGUCCUCUAUAUAGAAAAAUAUUUGAUGUAGAAACUGAUGAUGGUCAGUAGCAAAUAGUAAUAUUAUCACUUAAUAUUAAUUGUUUCUUGUUCUAUUUAGGAAUGUAUUUGAACGCGGGACAGGUUCAUUUGUAUGCUUAUUCUGUGCUAUUAUUUUCACAAAUUAGUUUUUUACCUUUAUGAUUGUUAGUGAUUUAGAAAAACCAAAAUAAAAUAAGAAUUGUGAUCAAUUCUUUGUUCCUUAUUAGUGAAUGCCAUUAAAUUUUAUGUGUAUUUUUCAAUUGAGAGUGUAGUUUGUGUUUAGAACAAAUUUUAUGUAUUUUUUUAAUUUAAGAGCGAUGAAAUCAAAUGGGAUAAAAUAAUGAAAUAAUGUGUGUCGAACGGUUUAUCUGGCUUAUUGUAUUAUACAUUCUUGCCAAAUGACGACUCAUCGUACAUUGCAUUUUGUGUGUCUAUAACAUCGACGAGCAUUAGGCCUCGUUCACAUGGGCGCUCUUUCAACGCGCAUUAAAAAGACAUAAUGGAACAUGUAUCCGUUCAAACGGCGAUGCUUUAUUAUCCCGAAUGUUUCAUGUCAAUGUCGAAUGUCACUUAUGUCAAAAUAAUAAAAAUGCGCCAAAACGACGAUAAUUUUAUUUAGUUUGUCUAUAAAGAGUAGAAAACGAAUUACAUUUUUUGCCAUUGCCCACUUUUGCGAGCCAAGGGGACACAACGCCGUCGUUUUUCUAAUCUUUAUAGACAGACUACGCCCGUGUGAACGAGGAGUUAUAUACACUUAAAAUGAUUGAAAUGGAAAUCAGAUAAGCCGUUAAAUUGGUUCACUAAAUUAGAUAUUAUGAACUGAUUUUGCAUGAACUAUGUCAAGACUGCACGGUACCGCGAUGCCUUAAAAAUUAUCUAUUCGCUGUUCAAAUCUGACUGAUUUACAUAUAAUUUAUCUGGAGUAUACAAUAUACGUAUAUAUUUACCACAUGUAUAUAUAUGUAAAUGGUCAAAAAUAUUUCAGCACUUCGACGCUCUAUAAAGAAUCCCCAUCUCGGAUCCCCAUGAAUCUAUAGAUAAUGCUGGAGCCUACACUAUCAAUAACAUUUUCAUGCAAGGUACAUAUACUGCUCUCUCUUUUAUCUGUGGCCUGACCUCUCUUUCUUAUGUAUUGCGAGAUAUAUACAUAGGUGUAACGUGUAGUCACCGUAUAGUUAUGCCUUUUACCGCGCAAGGAUAGUUCGGGCCACAGGUGAAAGAGAUAGCAAUACAUGUACUUUGAAUCUUAAAGUACUACCUAUAGCUUCAUAAUAAUCCCGUCCUCUAUUCUUACUAGUGUUGCUCACUGUCGAAUAGUCUUUGGAUAUUUUUAUUAAAAGCAGUAAUAUCGAUAUAUUAUACAUAUUGCACGCACUCUUCUUCAGUCUUAACUAUAACCUAUGUUUAGUAUCAUUUAAUCUGUAUCACAGGCGCCCCGAAAUAUUAAAAAAAAACUGCAUACAUUUGAACAAAGAUGGACUUGCCGAAAUGUCGUAUUUUCUCUACCGAACAUUUUGUUCGUUAUUUAUACAUUAAAAGAGGAACUUUUAUUUCAAGUGAAUAGGGAUAGACUCAGCAGACUGUCGUUUACUUGACUUAUGUAAUCAAUGUUAUAGUUAUAUAACAAAUAGAUCGCGCUAGAUAUGAACUUGUAAUUUGUUAGUAAUCGUAACUUAUUUUUUGGUUUAUUUAGAGCGCAUUGUAAUCAUUCUGAAUUAAACUACAAAUCACAUAAUUUAUUAAACAUCCUAGUUAUUUAGAAAUACUGUUACAUAAUGUAACCGCAAUAUUUUUUUCCUUAUUUUUUAAUCGCUGAUUUCUGCUAUUUACUGAUAUGGUACAUAUUUUGUUAUUUUUUUAUAGUCCCAUACUGAGUAAUGUUCACUAAAAUAAUUGUACUUAUGGUGAAAUAUAACAAUUAUUUUCAAUAA